GUAACUUUUGGUCUCAGACGUGGUACGAAUGGGUCGGAAAAUUUAAUAAUAUAUCAAAAGUGAAUUGUGGACUAUUUUCUGUGAGCUGAAUAAAAUAUAGAUAGCUACAGCCGCAGGAAGAGAAUCCGCUAUGAAACCGUUCAUAAAACAGGCUUUCGUGGUGAGCGGGGCUGCCCUGAACAUAGCCGGGCAUGGGUGCGCGCACGGCUACCCGGCUGUGCUGUUCGCUCAGCUGAAGGUUACUGGGGAGGUGGUGCUCACAGACCAUGACACCUCGUGGAUAGCGUCAGCUGUGGGCGCUAUGGGCAUCGUCGGCAAUUUCAUAUCUCCAGUACUGAUGACCAAAUUUGGUCGACAGAAAGCCCACCUGUUCUCGACCGUUCCAGCACUGCUAGGGUGGAUUUUCUUCGUGAUGGGUAACUCCGUGCCCCUGUUCCUGGUCGCCAGACUUCUCCACGGUUUAGCCCUAGGAUUGAGGACACCAUUGGCAGCCAUAUUGGUAGCUGAAUACACCCACCCGAAGUACCGCGGCGUGUUUUUAGGUACAUUUGCAAUAUCUUUGGGCUUAGGCAUUUUCUUAUCACAUCUUUGGGGCGCCUCGCUGACAUGGAAGAUGACUGCGGGAGUCUGUGCUUUAUUCCCCUUAAUAUCAAUGGCUAUUAUCAGCCUUUCUCCGGAAUCACCUUGUUGGUUAAUAUCAAAGGGAAAGUUUGAGGAGGCUAAAAAAGCUUUUCGGUGGGUAAGGGGCGAGGGUAUUGAACAGCAGGAGGAACUCGACGCAAUGAUAAAUUCUCAAAAGGAGGAGAUGAACGUAGAGAAACAGAGGAAGGAAGUGAAGAAAUUCACUUGCAACGGAAUGUUCAGAGCAACAGUAGAUGGUAUCAAAGACGCCUUGAGGAUAUUCAAGAAAAAAGAGUUUUACAGGCCCGCCAUCAUAGCGAUCAGUAUGCUAAUAGUCUUCGAAUUCGGAGGCGCUCAUAUGUUCGCUGCUUACGGCAACACUAUUCUUCAAGCAGUAUUGAAUAAAGCCGAUGUCAAAGACGUAGCUUGGCAGUUCACCGUGAUAGACUUGCUGAGGACAGUGUGCGCAUUCUUUGCCAUAUUUCUGCUGAAAUACUUCAAGAGGAGAACCAUUCUGUUCACCAGUGGAGUUCUGACAAUAUUAUCGUUAUCUUCUAUAUCAGUUUUCAUUUAUUUGAGAGACUAUAAAGUGUUUACGGCUCCCUGGUUGUUGGAUGCAGUUCCUAUGAGUUUGAUGGUGUUUUACACUCUGGUUUUCUGUUUGGGAUUAGUGCCUUUGAACUGGGUGAUUUGUGGAGAAGUGUUUCCUUUGGCGUAUAGAAGUGUGGGGUCUACAUUGUCUACGUCAUUUUUAACGCCGGCUUUUGUAGUGUCUAUGAAGACAGCGCCUCAUCUUUACUCGUCGAUAGGGGUGCAAGGUGCCUUUUUAGUGUAUUCUGCUGUUCUGACUGUAUUCCUUGCUGUAAUAUACGCAUUGUUGCCUGAAACUAAAGACAGGACUCUGCAAGACAUCGAAGAUAACUUUAAAGGCAAGCGUAAGACAGAUCGAGAGGUGCAAAUGACGCUGAUCAAUACAGAAGAUGUGGUAGUAGUGAAAUAAGUUUGAAAUGAAAAACAUAUUGUGUAUAAAGCAAUGUUUUGUAUAUUUAAAUAUCUGUGAUAAUACAAACUAAACAGGUUGUUUAUAACUAUUAGUAUAAAAAUACAAGUGAAUUUCUUUAUUGAGAAAGCACAGAAAUUAUAUCACCGUGAAGCAUACUUUAAUGGAUGCAUUAAUUAAGGAUUUAUGUUAAGGAUAAUUUUAAGCGAUACAAUAUUGAUGAAUACGUUUAUUUGUACAUUUUUUCUCACAAUGGCCACUAUAGUUACCUACCAUUAAUUUGUAAAUAUAUCUUAGGCCUGUCACCUUUGAUUAAAGGUUAUAAGAAUUUAAUAGGGUAGUAGCCUAAAUUCGAAUUUACAUUUAUUAUAUGUUCUAAUCAGAAAGUAUUAAAAAUAAAAAGAUCCCUUUCUGUGAAAAUAUAGUUCAAAUCUGUCACAAAAUCAAAUACUCAAUUUAUAUUUUUCUAAACCUAAAUAACUCUUAAGAAAAUAUAACUAGAAAAAAUUCCACGCGGACCAGGCAGCAGACGGGACUCGAACCCGCACCCUUCGCAAUCCGGGCGAAUGCACUGACCAAUUAUGCUACCGCGGCCCUCACGGACCGCGUCGAAAUUCUUUCUAGCUAUUCUUAAGCUGCAAGGCUAUUUAUAUAUUUUUUCUAGUUAUAUUUUCUUUAGAUUUAAACAUCAAGCAGUUACAUGCUUUAAAAAUAAUAAAAAUUAUAACUAAAUAACUCUUAUAAACUAUUAAAGAAAAUACUUUUACUAUAAUUUACUUUUACACACAUCAAAGCCAAAUUAAUAAAAUUAAGUAAACAUAACAGUACAAUAAAAGGCACACAGGAUAUUUUAUUUUAAUAUGAUAGGAUUUAAGACAAGUGUUUAGAGAUAAUAAUAAUUGUAUAUGACACUGAUUAAUAAUACGAGUAUACUAAUCUUUCUACUUCUUUUUGCAAAAUGGCGGUCGCUUCUGUGGACUCCGCCAGACUCGAGUGAUUUGACUUGGUUGUUUGGUAUUGACUCUGCUUUUCUUUAAGUAUGUUUUAAAAGCACAAUAUGUAUAUCAAAACUCAGAAUACAGAGUAACAAUGUACUUACUAUUUUAUUUUGGAAUUACAGAUCUAUUGUCUUAUCUGAAAGCUAGGGACAAACACAUUCCGAACCGAAUCUUUAUCAGAAAGUUUAGAGGCGUCAAUUGUGUCAAUUCUGACACGAUUCUCUAAACCUAAACUUAAAUUUGACAACAGCGUAUCCUUUUCAUUCUCUAUACGGAAUGAAAGGGAAAGAUUGAUGUUAAAUUUAGUUUUAAGUUUAGAGAAUCACGCCAGAAUCGACACCAUGUAUAUCUCCAGUCAAUCAUAAACAUUUUCUGCAUCAAAAGCGUCCAUGAAUAUACCCAAGGCUGCAUAAGCAGAGUUUAAAACAAUAAACAAGCCCUCACCGAACAAACAUAGACAAGAAAUUUUGGACACAAACACCAGAUAUUGGCCAAAUCCUGAGGGAGCCAUCACUGAAGAAAUCUAAUCUAAUCUACCCAUAUAUCACUUCUUUAUUUUUCUCUGUCCUCUUUCUAUACUAUCUUACUAUUCUCUUUCUGUAAAUGCCGUCCUCUACCCCCUCUGCCCCCCACCCUCACCCAACCCGUGCUAGAGCAUCUCGAAGCCGACACACGGGUGGUGUGGGAGGCGCAGAACUUAAGCUCAUGUUUAAUAAUCAAUUACAUUUUAUUAAAAACGCAAAACACUUGAGAUUAACACAGGAAAAAAAAAAUCUAAUCUACCCAAGGCUGAAGAAAUGUCAGGUUGAAAGACAAAAGAUUGAAACGAGUUGCCGUAGCGUAGAGUGUGCAAAACAAACUGGUAUAUUGGGAAUGGUAGACGAAUGAUAGCGAGAAAGCUAUUAAAUAAACCAGGUGGAGAUUUAUGUACCAAAUUUUAUUGGCAGAUAUUGAUGUAACUUCUUUAUUAUAGGAUGAUCUCUGUUCUGAGUAAUUUAAAAAAAAAUAUCUGCUAAAUAUUGCCUUCUGUUGGACAGUGGAGGGUCCGUGUAUACCACAUGUACAGGUCGCGGCACGUAACUCUAGAGCUGAACAAUACGCGUCAGGGAUAUCUGCGCAUGGGCACGACUGGAGAGCCAAUCAGCGCAACGCACGCCCCCCCGCGCACCUCGUUUCCCCCCAACACAUCUUAAUUUUUACUUCUGCGCAAUAGGGAUGAUGACUAAUUUUUUUUUCUUCGUUUAUCAGAUAGAUUAUCUAAAAGUAUUGGACUUGUAUUUUUUCUUUUUUCACAUAAUAUAAACAUUGCAGAGAUAUAUUGAUUUGAAAAGUCGCAUGACGUCACGUUUGAGUACACUUCUAAGUGAAAAUUCACUCAAAAGUGACGACACGAGCCCCUACUCCCAAACUUUGACGCGCUAUAACUUUGUCAUUUUUUGGUUGAUUGCCCAAAGAAAAAAUACGUGUCCAUUAUUUUUUUAUCAUCUAACUGACGGACUAAAUAGAAUUUCAUUUACUGUACCCCUUCAUCACCCCUAUUACGAUCAGUGUUAGAGUUUCGUGCAGAGACUUAUAGAACGUCGUUAACUGAGGACCUUUUAGCUCCCAAAAUCAUAUGAAGACACUUAGACUACCAUUAAGGGCAUUCUACCGACUAUACCACGGUAAGUGUUCUGAGGAGCUAUUCUCGCUUAUCCCUCCAUCACCUUUUCUUCAGAGGACCACGCGCGCUGGCCUACGUUGCCACCGACUUACUGUGGCCACUAUUCCUACACGAACAAAGAAAGGACAUUGCUCGUUCACCAUACAUUGAAUGCCCUAGAAUGCCCAACAAUGAGAAAAUGCUAGUUGUGUUCGGAAUCAUUCAUAAACUCUAAAUAAGCAUUUGUUGAGAUACGGACAACUUGAGGAACCGUGGAAAUUAAUAAAAAUAAUAAAUGCUUAUAUUCAUAUUGAUUUAUGAGUGUUGUUAGUUGGCACCUAUGAUACCUACCUGUAGUAGGUAAUGAUAGAUUUCUUUUCAAAUGAAAUUUUCAGUCUUUCCAUUUACCUGUUUCUAUAUACCGGUAAUUAGGUAUGUACCUGGUUAUCAUUAUGAUUUUCAUAAAAAUAAACAGAUAUUACAUGGGACGGGAGUAUAAACUAUCUUUAGAUAAUUUCAGAAAUAAUCUUUUUAUAAAUAUAAUAUAAAUACUAGUAAUAAGUAUUAUUAACUAAGGUACCUAGUUCUAUUUUUAUGUUGAUAAAUACCUAUGGUCGCCUAUAUUGCAUUACUAAAGUAAACAAUCUUGGCACAACUUUUUAACAGAAUCACCCAUUUAAUAAUAAAAUAUUAACGAAGCCAAUAAACUAUUAAAAUAAAUCGGUAUUAUAGACUGAAACCUAUUGAAUCCAGUUAUGAGUUGAUUUUUAAUGCUGUAUUUUCAAUAAAAAGGAGUGCCAAGUUGGAUGAACAGACUGUAGUAUCUAGUAACAGAACUUUUAUUUUUUAUUUUUUUAAACAGAUUGUCCGUUUACUAUGAUUAAUUGCUAAUAAGUUAAAAAAAUAAUAGAACAAUAAUAGUGAAGAGCAUUCUUUUGGGCAUGCUAGGGCCGAUUUCGUCGAUGUCCUUUGGUGACUCAUUUCUUGUCGUACUAUUCGUAAGUGGAAUUCUUUACCCGCGCACGUGUUCCCUCCUUCCUAUAAUCUGGGGUACUUUAAGAGGCGUGAAGAAGCAUUUUUGCAGGCCGGCAAGGUGAGGAUGGUUGAGGGAUGAGCUCCCCCCCUAGGUUCCAAAUAGAGAACUAAGAAUAUUUAUAUUGUUUUCGCACUUUAUGAACAUAUUUGAGAAAACAAUCUUAUGUUGAUCAAAUUUUUAUGUACUCUGUAGUUCAAAUAUGAGACAACACCAAUGCAGGUAAUCUUUUUACAAUAAAUACUUCUAAAGUACUAUUUGUUUUUCAUUUGAUUUAAUAAAUGUUAAAAAAACAAAUAAAAUAUUUUCAACAAAUCUUUGGUUUAUAAGCAAUUUCUUAUAAUAUACACUAUUUUUCAACCAGCAUGUACACACCUUUAUAUUAAAACAGCAAUAUUAUUUAAGCCCAACAUUUUAUAAGUAUCUUAAUAUUUUUUUUAAAUACGAAAGGUUGAUUUAGGUGUUUUAUUAACAUAACAUCUUUAAAAUGUAUAAUAGAUUAAAAAAAGAAGCUAUUUUUCUGCCUCAAUUUAACAAAAAAAGUUUAUAAAAUAUUUUGCCGUUGCUUUUGCCUUGCAUUCUGUCAUUCAUAAACUAACUUAACAAUAAGUAAUUAAACAUUAAUAGUAUUUUAUCACUACUAUAGGCACAUUUAAUAAAAAUAUUUGGUCUACACCAUGGCUAUAUAUGGGUUGAGAUGUUAUUUUAAUAAAUUUGAAUAAAAUGCAACUUAGAGUUUCGUUACACCAAAGAUGAAUGAUUGGUCUCGCAGGGAGACCAAUCAUUUAUCUAUGCGUUACACCUUACAAUCUAAUCAGCUUUUGUUAUUAACAUAGAACAAAGCUGUCACCCUAAUCAAUUUUUGGUCUAUAACUUGAAGAAUUUAAUAUCUUAAAGUCCACUUAUUUCUCAGAUCAUUUAAUCAAGCAAGCGCUAAGACAUGCUAUCGAAGUUGCAUAAUAUCAAAUAAACAUUGUUGAAUAACAGGAACUAUGCUAAUAGAAAUCAAUAUUUAAAUUAAUCCUAUGCAGUGAUUUGGCAGUAACUCAUUGACAUGUAAAAUUGAAUUUUUGUUGUGUUUCUAUGUUUAUAAUUGUUUAUAAACAUGGGUUAUGAAUAUUGAGCUGCAUUUUAAGCAAAGUUAUUUCGUAACAUCUUCGAUCAACAAUUCUAUGGGUAACGAGUCAGCAAUCUGUCUCUGUAAAUAUAACCUCUAUUGAGGUGUGAGGUCUUUUUUUAAAUUAGUUCGGUUAAAUAAAAUGUAGUGUAACUCGCUGGCCAAUGACUGGCAUAAGCGACUUUUAAUUUUUUCCCCUUUAUCGUUUUAUUCCAAGUAUCAGAUAUAAUUUAUAAAAGGAACAACUUCGUUUUAUAAGAUACUAGCUGACCCAGCGAACUUCGUACCGCCCUAAAAAAAUAGGGGUUGUCCAGCGGACAAAAUUGUGAAUCUGAACCAUUCUCAGAUCCCCUUGAACACACACAAAAAAUUUCAUCAAAAUCGGUCCAGUCGUUUAAGAAAAGUUCAGUGACAUACACACUCACAGAAGAAUUAUAUAUAUAAAGAUAAGGUUGUAUGUGCGAAAUAUCAUUUUGUUAUUUAUAACCUUCUCCUCUGUGAGAUAGUUGUCAUUAUUUAACUUAAACUGUUUUAUAACAUUUAUCUUUGUUCAUUGAGAAUUGAAUGUAGCUGCAUAAGUUUAAAUUAAUGCUGACAGUUUUUAGCUUCGAUUUCAACCCGUUAUCUCUAGUAUAAUUGUUCCAAGCUCAACACAUAUAUGUAUGACUUUAUAUCUCACACACAAUAGUCAGAACAUGAUAAGUGAGAUAGGUAAAGAGGUAUACAUAAAUAUAAUUAUGUAUAAACAUCACCUAGCCACAUCUAAACUAGGUACUCCAAAUCUCUUACUCAGGAAUAGCCUUCCAGAUUUUCUUUAUUUUCUCAAUUUUAAGGUCAGGGGGACCAAACAAAAAUGGUCCCACAGACUUUGGCCCCAGGUUAGUUAACAAGUUCACACGAACCUGGUUCAGUAUUAAUGUUGAUAGAGGGGUGCGAGUAACUCCUAUCUGCUGCGCGCAGACUCCUGUUAUGUGGACAUCAUCAAUCCAGAAAUAAGGCAGCUUCUGGGCCACAGAAAGAAGCUGGGGAACUACAUCUUGAGAAUACAAAAUUGCCCAACCUGGAAAUAAAUUUGGAAUAUUGUGUUAAGAUUCAAUGUUAUAUGUAAUUAAAGUGUACUUCCAGGGCCCAAGAGGAUACUUAAUUUUUUUUAAUGUAGAAAGGUCUCUAUUAACGAAGUUUUUUUUCUGGUGCUUCGCCAGCCGCUACCACGGAACACUCGCUUUCCUUACUUGGCUUGAGCGUUAUGGUCACAACACUAACAUAUAGUGUAGUUUAACCACUUGCCCUGCCUGCCCUGGAAGUACAGUUUAGCCCAUUUCAUAACCUACUGCAAAAAAUGCAAGUGAUAAAACCAAGCUCGUAGAUGUACAAAAACUUUAUAUCUUGAAGAAAACUUUGGUACAGUGGAUAUCACUUAUUACGACCUUGGUUGUAACGACCAUUUGCCUAUAGCGACGUUAAAUCUAAGUCCCUUGAAUUUAUAGCAUACUUAAGUACAAAAUUCAUGUGGCUAUAGUGACUUUGGAUGUAACGCCAAGUUCGGGUGUAGUGACUGUUUUUAAUGAAUAAUUUGUAGCAAAUUCCUAGAAAUCCCAUGCACUUGUUACAAUGGUGGUUCUGUUGGCUUUCUUAUCUUUUGUUUACAUCUGCACAGAUGGUCAGCAAUUGUGGUGACCUUUGUUUAUAGUUAUUAGUUAGGGACCCAUACUACACAGGUAAGCGUGUAUGUUUCGGAGUUAAAAUGAUUCAGUUACAAAAUGGGAUUUUGAGAGACAACUGCAACAACUUGAAUUUUGAAUAAGUAUGGCUCCUAGAUGCUCAUUCACUGUUAAAGAAAAGGCGGAAAUCAUUCAAAAUUAAAUAUGGUGACAACAAUAGUUAUUUGUGUAAGGAAUACAAAGUUUCACAAUCAACAAUAUCUAAGGUGUGGAAAAACCGUGACAAAAUAUUAGAAUACUUGGAAUCAAAAUCUUUGAAAAUUAAGAAAAACGAAGCUGUUAUUCCAUCACAUACAACGCUUUAUGAAGAAAGUGAGAAGGAAGAAGAUUGCAAAGAACCUGAGAUUCCUACUACUAAAGAUCUUUAUGUGUUAUAUCUAAGCUCAUAAGAUAUUGUUUAUUUGGUGAUGGACAGGAUAUUAUAGACAUUAAACAAGUGAUGAAAAUAGAAUAUGCCCUACAACAUGCACUUGCUCAAAAAAUAAAUUAAAGCAAAGUAAUAUUACACAAUAUUUUAAAUGUACCAAUGAUUAACUACAUGUGCAAAAACUUUCAACAAUAAGUGAACAUAACUAAACUGUGUGUGUCUGUAUACCUAAGCCUAUUUCGACUCCCGGAUAUAACUACGAAAUUAUCCGGUCCCUUCAAUGCCGUUAAAUCCGAAAUCUACUGUAGCUUAAUUAUUAUACGAUAACUUUUCUACCACAGAUUGCCAUAUGAAUGAUAUUACCUGCACAGUAUGUGGGGUAAUAGUGUGCUGCAUACUCUUUAGGCGAUACUCUCCAUUUAGACAUUUGUGAUCUUUGCACUUGAGCAUGUUCCAAUACUUGACAUGUUAUAAGCCUCCUUGCACCCCAAGGAGAUAACUCUCUAGCCAAAAACCUUCUCAGUUCAUGGGAAUUCACCACCAUAUCAUCAUCAGUCUUUAAAACAUAUUUAGCAUUUGGGCAAUGAUGCGUUACCCACUUCAAUCCCAUCACAUGCUUGUACGUCAUAUUCCUGUAAGCAUCAGCAAAGUUACCUUGCACGAUAUCACCGUAAACUGAACUCUCGUUCUGAAUUUUCUCAUUGACAGACGCAUUAUUAAGUUCACCCAUAAGGAACACAACUUUAGUGGAAUCCACUGAACGACCCCAAGUGUUACGUAUCACCAUUCGGUUCUCAUAAUUGGUUGGUUUCGAGGAGAUUAUUACUACCAACAGCAGUCCUGCUGGAUAACCUGCACAGGGCUGAGGGUUCAUUUUAAAGGAGAAAUUUCUUAAAUUUAUUAGCUGGUCAUAUGCAUCAUCAACUGCAUAUUCUGAAGAGUUGUAAGGUCCAAGAAGGGAGAACUGUGGAUUCUUCACACGCACGACGACAGGAGCAGUGGUAUAAUAAUAGUCAUAAACGAACAUAAGACCAAAAAUAACAAUCAAUACUUUGUGUAAGGUUUUCAUAUCAGAUUUUUCCCGUUGGUACUCAGUCAUAGUAAUAUUCUUUACAAAUAAAAUCAGGAAAAAUGUCUUCUCUUCGGCAUGGGUCUCUGCAAAUCUUACUUGAUAUAUUAAUGUAUUUUAAAUUAAAAUAUAGCGGCAAAUAAACAUGAAAACUAAUUUAUGUGUGACAUGACAUUCAUGACAAUAAACAAU